AGCUCCUUUUGCAAAAACUAUGGGCGUGGCUGCUUCUUCCAUUAUCAAGAUGGCGGCUAGAGGGAUCUUGAUACUGAGAUAUUCCAGGCCCUGGCAACUCUGGCAACAGAAUUGCUUGUUAAAGAGAAGAUUUUUUACUCGUUUUCUGUCCUCAAAUCAAAACGAAACCACCGAGAGGUCAAGCAAAGACGAUGAGGAAAACACCAACCGCUUGAUGCUGAGAUAUUCACAGGAAAAUGGUUUUUUGUCGUGGAGUAGAAAUGCAGCCAUUUGUGCUGGAGUAGGUGCAACUCUCUCAAUGAUAGAAAAGACGUCAUCUUUUAGCUACCUUAGCUCUGGAUUCUUUGAUUUAGGAUUGAUAUUCAUGACUGUAGGCUCAUUUCACCACAUCUUGUCUUCAAUUUAUUUAAGAAAACACUUCAAGCUCUCCUUGGCUGGCCUCUGUUGGAAUAUAACUUAUUCCUCAAUUAUUUGGAUUGGCUAUAUCUCUCUUGUUUGGCAGUUGAUUUAAAAUGAUAAUAACGACAUAAUAACCAACAAUAAUAACCAACAA